AUGACAAAGAGAAUCAAAUACCGAGACUGGAGAUGGCGAGCGGUCUGGUGGAAUUACUUCUUUCUCCUGUGGAGUACAAUAGAAGGACAGACUCGUUACAGUAUACCAGAGGAGCUAAAACAAGGAUCUGUUGUAGGAAAUCUUGCCAAAGAUCUAGGUUUGUCGUUAUCUGAGAUAUAUGACCGUAAAUUGCGUGUCGCAUCUGAGGCUGGUAAGCAGUAUUUCAGCGUGGAUGCGGGGAAGGGUGAGCUGGUGGUGAAUGACAGAAUAGACAGAGAGGCUUUAUGUGGAGAGAGCGCCAGCUGUGUGUUACCUCUGCAAGUGUUCAUAGAAAAUCCUUUACAUCUUUAUCGAAUAGACGUGGAAAUUAAAGAUAUCAAUGACAAUUCCCCCAGUUUUCUUAGCAAAGAAAAAAAACUGAAAAUUGCGGAGUUGACUGCGGUGGGUGCGCGCUACCCACUGGAGACCGCACAGGACCUCGAUGUGGGUAGUAAUUCAGUAAAAUCUUACAGUCUUAACAAAGACGAAUCCUUUAGCUUGAAAAUGAAAGAUUUGGCUAAUGGGAAAAAAGUGCCAGAACUUGUAUUGGAAAAACCACUAGACAGAGAAAAACAAAAGGUCCAUCAGUUACUAUUGACAGCGGUAGAUGGAGGCAGUCCUGUCAGAACUGGGACAUUAAAUAUUAUAGUUACAGUCUUAGACAACAAUGACAAUGUUCCCACUUUCAAAAAAGCUUUAUAUAAAAUAACCGUGCCUGAGAACAGUCAAACUGGCCUAAUGCUCAUAAAAGUGGAGGCAACAGACUUAGACGAGGGUUUGAAUGGAGAAAUUGAAUAUUCGUUUGCUGAUCAUACACCUGAGAUUUUGUCAUCUAUUUUUCAGAUAAACUCAGCAACAGGAGAAAUUUUUCUCACGAAGCAAUUAGAUUAUGAAAAUGAUGCAACUCAUGAAAUAGACGUCACUGCAAGAGAUAAAGGUAUUCCUGAAAUGGAGGGUCAUUGUCGAGUACAAGUGGACGUUGUAGACAUAAAUGAUAAUGCUCCAGAAAUUGUUCUAACUUCACGACCAAGCAAAAUACCUGAAGACGCACCUAGUGGCACCGUUGUGGCUUUGCUCACUGCUCGAGACAUGGACUCCGGUGAUAAUGGUAAAGUCACAUUACAGCUUCCAAAAGGAUCUCCUUUUAAAUUAAAACCCUCUUUUUCUGAUAACUACGCACUAAUAAUCGGGGGUGCGUUAGACCGAGAGAAAAUCUCAGAGUAUCAUAUCGACAUAACAGCCACUGAUUUAGGUUCUCCUCCUUUGUCAACUAAGACGACAAUUGAUGUUACUAUUAGUGAUGUAAAUGACAAUCCACCCGUAUUUACUCAGCCAACGUAUGCGGUUUAUUCAAAGGAGAACGGAGUCCCAGGUUCUAUACUGUACUCAGUAUCAGCGUCUGAUCUGGAUUCUGGUGAAAACGCAAAGAUCUCUUACUCUAUACUGGACUCUAAAGUUCAGGACGUUUCUGUCUCAUCUUAUGUUUACAUUAAUUCGGAUAACGGCAGCAUCUACAGCAUGCACUCGUUUGAC